GGAGGAGGAGGAGGAGGGAGAGGCCGGCCGGCCGACCGACCCACGAGGCCGUGAGAAAGUGGGCGAGCGGGCGAGGACGCGCGGCCUGGCUGCGGGAGCCGGCGACGGCGGCGAGGAGAAAGGAGGCGGCUCCCGGCAUCCCGCCCCCCUCCCCCUCCUCAGCGGAUUUCCCGCGGCCCGCGCUUGCUCCGAGGCGGCGGCGGCGGCGGCGGCGGCGGCCCCCGGCCGGGCAGACGAGGGAGGAGGAGCCGGCGGCCAGAUAAAAUUUUAUAUUUAAAUAGUCCAGAAAAGGAAGAGCAAGCAGAUCGAGAUGUGUAGCUCCGUGGCUGCCAAGCUGUGGUUUUUGACAGAUCGACGAAUCAGAGAAGACUAUCCGCAAAAAGAGAUCUUACGAGCUCUGAAGGCCAAAUGUUGUGAGGAAGAAUUGGACUUUAGGGCUGUAGUGAUGGACGAGGUGGUGCUGACAGUUGAGCAAGGAAAUCUGGGUCUACGGAUCAAUGGAGAGUUAAUCUCUGCCUACCCACAGGUGGUGGUAGUCAGAGUUCCAACCCCAUGGGUGCAGAGUGAUAGUGAUAUCACUGUUUUGCGCCACCUAGAGAAGAUGGGGUGCCGACUGAUGAACCGACCUCAAGCUAUCCUGAACUGUGUUAAUAAAUUCUGGACAUUUCAAGAGUUAGCAGGCCAUGGUGUACCUCUGCCAGAUACGUUUUCUUAUGGUGGCCAUGAAAACUUUGCUAAAAUGAUUGACGAAGCAGAAGUGCUGGAGUUCCCAAUGGUGGUGAAGAACACUCGGGGUCAUAGAGGCAAAGCUGUUUUCUUGGCACGAGAUAAACAUCAUUUAGCUGAUCUAAGCCAUCUUAUUCGACAUGAAGCUCCAUAUCUGUUCCAGAAAUACAUUCAAGAGUCUCAUGGAAGGGAUGUGCGAGUCAUUGUUGUGGGAGGCCGAGUUGUUGGCACCAUGUUACGUUGUUCGACAGAUGGAAGGAUGCAAAGCAAUUGUUCACUAGGUGGUGUGGGGAUGAUGUGCUCAUUGAGUGAACAAGGGAAGCAGCUAGCUAUCCAGGUGUCUAAUAUCCUGGGGAUGGAUGUCUGUGGCAUUGACCUGUUGAUGAAAGAUGACGGCUCCUUCUGUGUCUGCGAGGCCAAUGCAAAUGUAGGUUUCAUCGCCUUUGAUAAGGCUUGUAAUCUAGAUGUAGCUGGUAUCAUAGCAGACUAUGCUGCCUCCCUUCUGCCCGCUGGCCGGCUCACCCGGCGCAUGUCCCUGCUCUCUGUGGUGUCCACGGCCAGUGAGACUAGUGAGCCGGAGCUUGGUCCCCCUGCCAGCACUGCUGUCGACAACAUGAGCGCAAGUUCCAGCUCUGUCGAUAGCGACCCUGAAAGUACCACCGAGCGAGAGCUGCUCACCAAGCUCCCAGGGGGGCUGUUCAACAUGAACCAGCUGCUAGCCAAUGAAAUCAAACUCCUGGUGGAGUGACUCCACCGGUAAAUAAUUAACCAACAAAACCCUUGUAAAACUGUCUCCCCUCCCCCCAUCCCCUCCCCCCUUAACCAACUUGCAAUGCUGUUCAUGGAGAAUGCUCAGGAGGUUGAGAGAAAGGUAUAGUAAGAUUGGUUAGAAGAAGGGAAAAUAGAUGAGACCUCUGAUAGUAAUACUUACCGGAUUCAUUUACAGAGUCUACAGAAAGGAAGAGUAGGUGAUAUACAGAGAAAUGGCAGGCUCUCUUGCUAACCUUUUCAAUGACUAAAACCCUGCUCUUAGGCCAUGAGGAACAUGAAAGUUUCUUUUUUUCCGUGGUCUCUUGCUUUUGUUUUUAUGUAGAAUGGUUUUGAUUCAAGUACUUGGUAGCAUGACUUCACACAGUUUCAAGAUUUGUAAAGAGGAAACAUCUGCUUAAAAAUAGAAAUGUUUUAGUAGCAAUCUGAAAAUUCUGCCGUUUCUCUCAGCUAGCAUUUAAAUGCACAUAAUUGUUUAUGAACUCUUAAGGGGCUCUGACCGAGAUUUCUUAUUUUCAUGUUCAUCCUUGUUUUUUUCCCCCUUAAUUUGGGUGGGAGGGUAAUGUGACUAUAAUCCAAUAAAGAUUUUUAAUAACAAAAUUGGCAUGUUUGCAUGAUGAAAGGUAAAUGAACAGUAUUGCAAUGUCUGGUAUACAAAGUAACAUUUACUCAAUGUAGAUAAAGUUACGCUAGUUAAAGUUUGUGCAUUGACUUGUAUUUGUUAGUGUUUUAGUCUUUUUUGAAGGAUAUAUGCUCUGUUAAUGUUGCAUUUUUAAUACAUGCUGGUAACAUC